UUUUAUUUUCUCACAUGGGAUACCUCCCUGACUCCCUCUCUUGCGCCUCUCCCUCUCUCAUUUUCUCUUGCCUCCCUCACCCAGUCUCCCUCACUCUAUCUCUUUGCUCCCAUAUCUCUAAUAUCUGAUCUCUAUCACUCAUCCUCCUUCAUUCUUAACUAGAUCACUGCCAUCUUCACCACCUUUCUUCUCUCUCCUUAUUCACUAGUGGUUGCGAUGGUGGCGACGAUGGCGACAAUGAUGCUUCAAUUUUUAGGGUUUCGGUUGAUUUUUUUUCUGGGCAUGAGGAGUUUCUUCAAAUACCCAUCUUUUAAUGUUGAUUAUAUCUGCAAUAUUUAGAUCUUACGGAGUAACGUAGUUGCUUUUUAUUUGUUCAGAUAAUAGAUCUGAAGAUAUCCAUGUAUACCGGUUGUGAAGAGUAUGGAUCUGGGCUUGCAUCUCCUCCAACAAUAGCGGCGACUUCAACUUUUCCAACAGCAGAAGCAGCGGCUACCACCUCGUCCAACAACCGCGAUAGAUUUCACCUCCAACCAUGGUGCUUCCACCUCCUCCAGCCGCAACGUACCUCCUUGUAAUUUCGUUUGAGCAUUUGAGCAAGCUAAGGUUGUCAGAUAUAUUCAAUGCUUAGUAGUCAUAAGUUGAAGCCAAAUAGUGAGACAAUCAGAUGAAUUAUCAACAUGAAUGUUAGAAUGAAAUAUUUUGAUAAUGCAUAUACCGUAUGAAGGAUGUGGGAAAGAUUAAGAAAGUUCCUUCAGCAAGUAUGUUCAAUGCUAUAUUGGCUGGUUAUUACAGAGAGGUGAAUUUUCCAGUCUUUGGUCUCCCUGAUUUAACUAAAGGUGGAAUAUGGUCCCACGUAACUACAUAAUAAAAGACCAUGUUUGCAAGACUAGCACGCACUACUUCACUACAUUAUUGGCGAAGACUACUCAUUCAUAUCUUCUCCUAUCUUUCUCUCUCCUUUGACUGGUUCAAUCAAAGUCAAACAAAUUAGCGUAAGCCAUGGUGGUCAAGGUUCAUGGAAGCCCACUCUCCAGCCCGACCCUCCGAGUCGUGGCAGCUGCUUAUGAAAAGGAGCUUGACUUUGAAUUUGUUCACGUUGACUUUGAAUCUGGUGCUCACAAGCAACUUCCUCAUCUUGCCCUUAAUCCAUUUGGUCAAGUACCUGCUUUUGAAGAUGGAGAUCUCCAACCUUUUGAAUCAAGAGCAAUUAAAAAUUACAUAACACACACCUACGAAAGAAAUGGGACUACAUUGAUAAGCAAAGACAUGAAACAAAAGGCGAUCCAAGCCGUUUGGAUGGAAGUCGAGGCUCAUCAAUUUGAUCCAACUGCUACCAAGCUCGUUUGGGAGCUUGUGUUCAAGGCCAUGUUUGGAAUGCAACCACCCGACAUGGCUAUAGUCGAGGAGAACGAGGCGAAGUUGGCUAAAGUCCUUGAUGUAUACGAGGCUCGUUUAAGUCAAACAAGGUACUUAGGUGGUGAAACAUUCACCUUAGCUGAUCUUCAUCACUUGCCUCAAAUGAAUAGGUUAAUGACCACCGGAGUCAAAAAAUUAUUCGAUGAGAGACCUUGUGUGAGUACUUGGUGUUCGGAUAUCUUGGCUAGACCUGCUUGGAAGAAGACUGUUGAGCUUGCAGAAACGAGUUUAAGGAGCUAAAGCGAGAAAUCUAUUACUACUCCUGUAUUAUAUUAUUUGCAACUUUUGGGUAUUAUUUGUGAGAUUUAAAUUUAAAAUAUACUAAAAUUGCAUAUAUUAUGAAAUAAAGGUGGUACAUAUAUGUACUACGAAUUGAUGUGAUAAACAUUUUUAAUUUUCCUGUU